AGGCCACCUUAUCAGUAGCUGAGGAAAGAGCUGCAGGUUGGGUGAAGGAGACAGAGGGAGCGUGAAUAAUAGAGCCCGUUGGGAGCAGUGUCUGAUACAAAGACUUUCUCACUAAAGUUCAAUCUCCAUCAAUCACAAGAAAGGAGACCACACUGGAGGUUGAUUAGAUAAUUUGAAGGAGGCAGAUUAAGCUUGGGAGAGAUAAUUGAGAUCAUUCUGGAGUAUUCAGACAUUUUGCCCCAAGAUUGCGGAUAACUUGCAGGUUGUAGAAAGCAGAGAUACGCAUGGUGUGAACUAGAAAUAAAAAAUGUGUGGAGGAUAAAGUCACAGAAAUGCAGUGAUGCAGUGAAAAGAUGAAGGCUUGAAGAGCGAAGACAAGAACAUGAACGGAGAUACAGACCCCACCAUGCUGGAUGAACCUGGAAGCGUGCAGCUGGGACAGGACAUAGAAAGCUCACAGUGGGAAGGCAAGAAUUACCAGGGAGGAACUAAUAAAUUGGAAGCUAAAUCUGAGAACAUGAAGAGGAAAACAACAACCUUGGCAGAGCCAGUCAGAAACAUGGGCGGUGCAAAAGAGAGCAUGUUGGGGGAAUCGAAGAGCAUGCAUGGAGACUCUGAGAGUUUGCCUGACAUAGAUGGCCAAGAUGAAGGAGCCACUGUUAAGUGUAUGAAUCCAAAAAGCAAGACCAUGCAAGAGGAAGUAGAUAAAAAGUUGGGUGGACCAAAGCGCAUACACAGAGAUACUGAAUGUUUGCAGCAGGUAGCUAAGAACAUGGAAGAGAGAACUGUGGUCUUGGGAGGGGAAACCAAGAGCAUGCAUGAGAUUGGGGACUGCACAUUGGAUGGAGCAAAGAGAGUGUGGGGAGAUUGUGAAUGUUUGCAAAGUGUGGAAAGGAAAGCUGAAAGUAGAUAUGGAAAAAGGGAGAGUUUUCAGAACAUAGUUGAAGAAAGCAAGACCUUGGCAAAGGAAGACAAAAAUAUGGAGGAGGAGGUUGACAGGAUGUUGAGUGGACCAAAUAGCAUGUUGAGAGAUACUGAAUGUUUUCAGGGGGUAGCGAAGAACAUGGAAGAGAGAGCUGAGGCCAUGGGAGAGGAAACCAAGAGCAUUUAUGAGAAGGGGGAGUUCAUGUUGGGUGGACCAAAGAAAGUGCCAAAAGACUGUGAGUGUUGUCAGGUAGUCACUGAGAAUGUGGAAAGGAAAGAUGAGAGUAUGUGUGGAGAAUGGAAUAGAUUGCAGGGAGGAACCAAAUGUUUGAAGACUGAAUCUGUCAAUAUACUUUGUGAAUCUGAGACCUUGGUAGAAGAAACCAAAAACAAGGAGGUGAAGGUUGAUGAAAUGUUGGGUGGACCAAAACACAUUGACAGAAACACUGAAAGUUUACAUGGGGAGACUGUGAACAUGCUUGAUAACUUAAAAAUCUCCACAGAAGAUACCAAAAAUACGAAGGAGACAGUGGACAGAAUGUUGGGUGAACCAAAGAUCAUGCUAACAGAUAGUUUGUAUGGGGUAGAUGAGAGCUUGAAUAAGAAAACCAAUAACUUGGCAGAGAAUGUCAGCAAGAUGGAGGAAGAAGUCAUCAGAAUAUUGGGUGAACCAAAUAGCAUUCCAGGAGACACUGAAAGUUUUAAAAGGAUAACUGGAAACAUCGUUGAGAAAAGCAAAACUUUGAAAAAUAUGGAGGGGAAAGUUGACAGAAUGUUGGGUGGACCAAAGAGCAUGGACAGAGACACUGAAUGUUUGCAGCAGGUAGCUAAAAACAUGAAAGAGAGAACUGAGGCCUUGGGAGGGGAAACCAAGAACAUGUAUGAGAAUGUAGACUGUAUAUUGGGUGGACCAAAAGACUUUGAAUGUUGUCAGGUAGUCACUGAGAAUGUGGAAAGGAAAGAUGAGAGUAUGUGUGAAGAGGGGGGUAGAUUUCAGGGAGGAACCAAAUGUUUGAAGACUGAAUGUGACAACAUACUUUGGGAAUCUGAGAUCUUAAGAGAAGAAGCAAAAAACAAGGAGGUGAAGGUUGAUGGAAUGUUGGGUGAGCCAAAGUACAUUGACGAAAACACUGAAUGUUUGCAAGUGGUGACUGAAAGCAAUGUUGAGAAAAUCAAAAUCUUGGCAAAAGAUGGCAAAAAUAUUAAGGAGGUAGUUGACAGAAUGUUGGGUGAACCAAAGAUCAUGCUAACAGAUACUGAAAGUUUGUAUGGGGUAGAUGAGAGCAUGGUUGAUAAAAUCAAAACCUUGGCAGAGGAAGCCAAAAAUAUAGACGAUAAAGCUAGAAGGAUUGUGGGUGGACCAAAAUGCAUUCAGGGAGACCUCAAAUGUGUGCAUUGGGUAGCUCAGGACAUGGAUGAGGAACAUGAAAUCAAAAGUACAUUUGAUUAUAAUGACAGAAUUUUGGGUGGACCAAACAGCAUGCAUAGAGACACUGAAAGAUUGCAUGGCUUGGCUUUGAGUGUAGAGGGGAAACUAGAGUGUAUGCACCGAGGAACAAGUGACGUGGGGUAUGAAUCUGAGAACAUAAAUAUAGAAACUACAAUUUUGGGAGAAGUAGCCAAAAUAAUGGAUAAGACAACAAAUUGCAUGUUAAGUAAACCAAAGAGCAUGCAGAGUAGCACAAACAGUUUGCCAGGGCAAUUUGAAAGUGUGGAAGAGGAAAAUGAGAGCAAAUUUGAGGAAGGAAGGAGUUUGAAACAAGGACCCAAAGAUGUAGAGACUGAACGUGAGAGGAGGAAAUGGCAAACCGAGAACAAGGCAGAAGAAACCAAAUAUUUGGAUAAGAUCACAGAGAGCUCUCAGAAGGAAGUGAAAAGCUUGCUCGAAGGAUCUACAUGCAAACCAAGUCACAACUCUGUAAAACAUGAAAUCGGUCAAGAAAGUGCUCCAAGGAGGGAGAAAAGGAGAAAAAAGAAGAAAAGACCGAAUACAGAUUGUGAAACAUUCCCUACAUCCCAAAGCAAGUCACCCACACUGCCAGCCAUACACAAAGGUCAUGUGAUCUGGCUGGUGUUAGCGUUGUGCCUGUGCGGAGUUUUUCCCAGUGUCACUGCUAAUGAUACUCAGAUGCCAAACUCAAAGGGGCCUUCUCUGAUAUAUCAGUUUUGUAGCAAGCUGGUGAAUCUGUCAGAUGAAAUCAUGGUGAUACGGAAUUCGAAACUGGAGGAAAUCUGUACCCUGGCAAGAACAUUCCAGCGCUGCGGAAAAAAAUAUCCACAUUUCAACUUCACUUUCCGUGAUUCGUGUGUUUACAUGAACACAACAGACCAGGUUUCUGUGAAUUAUACCAUGGAAUACGGCCACAGGAAGAUAAUCCAAUCAGUACUAGUCGAUGAGCCGAUCCAACCAGAGAUGAAGCUGGUGGGUCCAAUAGGAAACACAACAGAUGGUGAUCAGACUGACGUACGUUUUCCUGGAUGGGCCAUUGCUCUAUGGGUCAUCAUUCCUCUGGCAGUAUUUUCUAUAAUUUUAAUUUACUGUUACUGUUUGAAAAGAAAAAGAGGACAUGUUCAGCUUAAUAUAUGCUGUGUUCGCUACACCUCAGUGAAUAUACCUGGAAAUCCCGAGGACCAUCCUGUGGAAGGAAAUGGACUUCAAACAAUCUCUGAAGAAAAUCUUCCCCUGUCCCAAACACACCACGGAGCUAAAUCUCCAGAUAAUUCUAUCGCUAUAACAAGCGGAACCCCAAUGUUGGGGAGACACAGCAGGGAACGUGAUAGAUCAUCCUGAUUAUUACACUUUCUAUGGGGACAAUUCAACAAAAUGCACAUUAGUGCAGGUCAACAAAAACCGAAUUCAUGUAACGAUGAUGUUUUCUGAUGUUUAUUGAAUUCUUAUUAUUAAUAUCGUUAUUAUUAUAGAAUAGGACUCUUCGUGGGAAAUAAUGUGGCUUUUGUUAUGUCAGCGGUAAUGAAGAUGUGUUAGUGUAGUGAAUGCCUGAACACAUCGUGAACUGCUGUACAUUAAAGCCUUAUCCUUUAUAAUAUACUAAUUAUAAUUACUUUAUUAUAUCUCGUUAAACCAUCUCAGACUAAUAUAACGCUCUGGGGGGCAUUUUAAAUAUUUUAUAAAUGAAUAAAUCCAUGAUGUAUCAAUGUUCCUGCGUGCUGUGUGUUUUACUAAUAUUUAGAUUUAUAUAAAGCUAUAUCUACACAUGGAUUUUGUUAUACCAAUUAAUAGAAUACUCAUUGAUUUAUUAAAUAGGAAUUGUCACCUCUAUUCCUCAAACCAUGUAAUCACAUCCAGCCACUUACAGGGAUGGAGCCUGCAGUAGACAGAGGUAUAAAGAUUCAAAACACUCACAUUCCUCUCAUUACAUUGUCCUCACUUGUGGCAUCAUGGACCUAGUAUGAUUUGCAUGAUAUGCCAUGCUGUGCCUUAGAGAUUCACAUAUUAUAAAUUCUAAAAAAAAGAAAAAUCUGUUCCCCUUAUUUUAACAUAAGCCAUCUAUGACUUUUAUUUAGCGAGUGUUUUGCAAAAAAAAAACCUUUUGAUUUGAGAUCUCCUUGUUAAUUAGUGGAAAGGAAAUGUAAUUCUUUGCUCAGUCUGCAGUGUAUUGUGGAACGGUGCUGGAAUUAUUAG